CGGCGGGCAGUCUGCGUUGAGCCUCCAAGAUGGACGUGUCAUGGCCCUCCCUCGCCUGACCUUUCACCCGGACAUUUCGGGGCCGGGCGUGACCCAGAGGUGAUGCCGGGACCUAAAACACUAGGAAAGGGCGCCAUUAUGCUAUACCCAAGAGAGAGUGAGUGAGGGUGAGUCAUGGGCGGCCAGCAAGGCAAGGAGCGGCACCUCGGCUCGUCCUCAGCAGGCUCCUCAGGCACCAUCACCCGCGCCAGCAAGGCCAAAUACCGCUCUGGAAGGGAGAUUAUCAGGACCGCCGGGGCUAAUAUAUUCACCGAGCACAAUGAGGCCCUGCUGGCGGCGCGACCCCUGCCUGACCUGCCUGACGUGGUAAGCGGGGGCGGCACGGGGCUCGAACCCAUGGGAGGACCCGGCCCGCCCGAACUACCCCAGCACGCCACCUUCACCACCCUCCAGCCGGCCACAGCCACUGCGCCCGCCGCGGCCACAGCCAACGCCGCGGCGGCCCCCACGCAGCAGCAGCAGCAGCAGCAGGAGUCCAGCACCGCCUCCACCGCCGCGGCGACCAAGUGGCACAGCAGAGAGAACCUGCUGGCGCCCGAGGAGGAGGGAGACCCGCAGCUCUUCGUCGCCCUCUACGAGUUCAGGGCGCAGGGCGAGAACCAGCUGUCUCUCAGGAAGGGUGAACAGGUGCGCGUGCUGAGCUACAACAAGUCUGGAGAGUGGUGUGAGGCGCAUGCUGGGUCUGGCGAGGUGGGGUGGGUGCCAUCCAACUACAUCACCCCCGUCAAUUCCCUCGAGAAGCACUCCUGGUACCACGGACCCAUUUCGCGCAACACGGCUGAGUACCUCCUCUCCUCGGGCAUCAAUGGAUCCUUCCUGGUGAGGGAGUCUGAGAGCUCGCCGGGCCAGCGCUCCAUAUCCCUGAGGUACAAUGGGAGAGUCUACCACUACAGGAUCAAUGAGGAUGACAGCUCAAAGCUGUACGUCUCAUCGGAGUUUCGCUUCAACACGCUGGCCGAGCUGGUUCACCAUCACUCCCAGCAUGCAGACGGCCUCAUCACACAGCUCCUCUACCCUGCGCCCAAGAGGAACAAGCCCACUGUGUUUGGCCUCACUCCUGACAUCGUGCCCUCUCCUCACCCCACAGAGCCUGACGAGUGGGAGAUAGAGCGCACGGACAUUGCCAUGAAGCACAAGCUGGGUGGCGGGCAGUAUGGCGACGUGUACGAGGCCCUGUGGAAGAGAUACAACAUUUGCGUGGCGGUGAAGACCCUCAAGGAGGACACCAUGGCCCUGAAGGACUUCCUGGAGGAAGCCGCAAUUAUGAAGGCCAUGAAGCACCCUAACCUUGUACAGCUGUUGGGCGUGUGUACCCGGGAGCCGCCCUUCUACAUUGUGACAGAGUUCAUGACCCGAGGCAACCUGCUAGACUACCUGCGGGUCUGUAGCCAUGAGGAGGUCAACGAGGUCGUGCUGCUCUACAUGGCUACCCAGGUCGCCUCUGCCAUGGAGUACCUGGAGGAGCGGAACUUUAUCCACAGGGACUUGGCGGCGCGUAACUGCCUGGUGGGGGAGAACCAUCUGGUGAAGGUCGCCGACUUUGGCCUGGCGCGGCUCAUGAGGGACGACACCUAUACUGCACAUGCCGGCGCCAAGUUCCCCAUCAAGUGGACUGCGCCGGAGGGUCUUGCCUAUAAUAAGUUUUCCACUAAGUCUGACGUUUGGGCGUUCGGCAUUCUUCUGUGGGAGUUUGCCACCUACGGCGUCUCACCAUACCCUGGAGUUGACCUUACCAAUGUGUAUCACCUGCUGGAGUCUGGAUACAGGAUGGACUGUCCUCAAGGGUGUCCGGUGCGUGUGUACGAGCUGAUGAAGCAGUGUUGGUUGUGGAGCCCUGGAGACCGCCCGACCUUCUCCCACAUCCACCACGCACUGGAGACCAUGUUCCAGGAGACUUCCAUCACUGAGGAGGUUGAGCAGCAGCUGGCGGCCGGGGGUGGCAGGAAGGUCCGGGGCACUCCCUCGGGGCCGCACCAACCCUGGGGCGGCGAGGACCAGCUCCCCACCAGCCCCAGAACCUCCUCGGCCAGGCAACGCAGCAACAAGAACAAGCACAACACCGUGGAUGAAAGCAGCAGCCCCAGCCUUCCCAGGGACGUGCGACCCAGCCCGGGCAUCCUGUCGGCGCGCUCAACCGUUGUCCAGCUCCGCCGCGCCACCAACAAGAAGGGCAAGCAGGCUCCAGCACCACCUAAGAGGACCAGCUCGUUCAGGGACAGCACGUGCACCGACCAAGACCUUCCUGGCGGGGGCGCAGCGGAUGACCUCAAUGAAUUCAAUGGUAUAGACAAAAUCUUUGAAGGCAUCCAGAGGGACCUGGCGGACCUGGCCAGCAGCAACGACGCAGAGAGUGAGAGUGAGCUGAGGGAACGCACGCCAGACACCGAGGACUCAGGCGCCCAGUCCCUGCCAGCCACCCAGGGGCUGCCCUCCACACACUCCACCUUCAGGGUGGAACCACCACAUCUACAGUCCUUCAGACAAAAGCCUUCAGUGGGCAUGAGGGACCCCAAGGGAGAUCGCCUCCGCCGCGGCCGCCUGGAGAAAUGUGAGAGCCAGAGUGGCGGCCUGGGCGGUGGCGGCCGCCACUUGACGGUGGCGGCGCUGGAGGUGCACAAUGUGAAGCGCGCCAUCAACCGCUACGGCACACUGCCCAAGGGUGCCAGAAUAGGGGCCUACCUGGAGUCCCUGCGGCAGAGUGGUCUGUCCCAAGGGGUGCCGCCCCCCGCUGAGGACCUGGCCCCCCAGGACCACACCCAGGGGGGGGAGGGAGAGGAGGCAGGGGAGGGGGAGGGGGAGGAGAAGGGUGGUUUAGCCAUGAUCAGAAGUAACUCAACCCAGGGGGGCUUUCCCCCCCAGUCCCCCAUCAUCACCCGGCUCAGCCCCCGGCCCCAGCUGCCCCGAGGGGACCGCCGUGCCAAGGAACCCAGCCUGGCAGACCUAGAGUUCCCACCGCCGCCGUCUGACCUGCCACCGCCCCCAGAGGACUUCAUGGAGGAGGUGCCGGGAGGCCUGGCCGCUCCCAGUGGGGUAGAGUUCCCUCCUCCACCGGGCUGCUCCCCUGAGGCCCGGCGGCGGCCGGUGCCACGGCCCGCCCCCUCGCCCCGCACCCGGCGGCGAGGAGACAUUCCAGUGGCCAGCCCCCAGCGUGUGGCCGCCCCAGUGGAGGAGGAGGGCGGGGAGUCCCCGCGAGUGGAGCGACCAACACUCAGCGUGACACGCUGGCGGCUGAGGGACGCAGAGCCUGACCGGCCGCCGCUGAGGGCCAAACCCAGCCUGGAGGCUGCAGUGGACGGGGAAGCCCCGCCCCCCGGGGAGGCCAGUCCUGCUGCCAGGUUUGGGGUCAGCCUGAGACACCGGGACCAGUCCUCAGACUCCUGUGACAGUGUGCGCUCAACGGAGAACCUGUCCCCUCGCCCUGCCCCAGCGGGCCCCAAGGGGCGGCCCCGGCCUGGGCCAGCACCUGCCAAGAGUCCCGGCUCAUCCUCAGCAGACACAGAGGGCCAGCAGACCCCAUCCUCCCCUGCUGGUGAGGGGGGCCACACCCCCGGGGGGGGCAGCCCUCCCUCAGUGGAUGCAGCCUCCCUUGUUUCCCGGGACGGCAGCAUGGAGGAGGAGGAGCCUCGGCCGGCCCCCCCUGGCCCCCCGGCCAAGGAGGGGCUGGAGCUGAAGCUGGUGGCGGAGCUGAAAGAAGAGGAGAGCAAUGCCCUGGCGGGGGAGGCGCCCCCCGGCCCCACCCAGAAGGACCCGGCCGUCCAGCUGGUCUCUGAACUAUUUGAGAGCCUGCGGCAGAAGGGUGGCAGGAUAGCAGAGCCACCGCCUCCGCCGCCGCUGCACCUGGACAAUGGCGGCCCCGCCCCAGAUGAGCCCGCUGGCCUGCAGGAGAGUGGCGACCGUCCAGCGUUCAAGGCAAACCUGAAGAAGGUGAAGAGCCCCUUUGAGAAGAGCCCCGGUGAGCGUGAGCACCGCAAGAUUUACUUCAAGCCAACCCUCAGGAAGACAGAGCCGGCCUGCACUGGGCCCGCCAGGGAGGACGGCCCUGGCUCAGAGGCCCCGGACCCCCACAGCGCCCUCAUGGACGUGCGGGCAGGGCUGAGGAAGACCAACCUGGUGCGGGAACCAGAUGCCCCCGCCACAGAGGAGGCGCCAGGCACCACCGCCCAGAAGGAACCCCAGCACCAGCAGCAGCAGCAAGAACAGCAGCAGAAUGGCUUGGCUGGGGACCCCCGGGCAGAGGACGUCUGUGCAGAGGGCGAGGGUGUGGGUGGUGGUGCAGGGCGGCCAGACCCCAUGACUGAGAGUGUGUCCAGCAUGAGUGGCGGGGGGGAUGGGGGGCUGAGGCUGGGGCCAAGUGGGGAGAGCCUGAAGGCAGUGUCGGUGGGGGAGGAGGAGGAAGCCAAACGGUUCAGCUCCAGCAGCAUCAGCAGCCUCAAGAAGCUCUGGGAGAAGCAGGACGCAGCAGGUGACAAGCCCCCGCCAAGGCCAGACCCCAACCAGACCAGCCCCAAGUAUGCCCCGGGGAUAUACAAGAGGCCUGAGCUGCCCCGCGCCCCCAAGGACUCCAAUCCUGAACCCCCGGCCCCAGCGCCAGGCAGGACCCCUGAGGAGGAUGGCAAGGUGGGGAGGCUAGAGAAGAGGACCUGGCCUCCCGUGGGGGGUGGCGGGGGGGAGUCUGAGCCCCGGCCAGUUGACGGGAAGCCCUGUGUCCCCGUCAAGCCUGUUGGGAAGACCUUCAAGCUGCCCCCGCCGCCCACUGGAGUUAAGCCACCGCCCCCUAAGCCAGCGGGGAUCUACGCCACGCCCUCCAUCAUCCGGCCGCCGCCCGUGCCUGUGCUCACCCUCAAGAAGGAGGCGGUGGAGGCCAGGCCGCCCAGCAAGGAGCCAUCCAGCCCUACCACCGCCUCAACCGCCACCUCCAUCAUCUCCUCAACCACCUCCAUAGCUGCUUCCACCACCACAGCAACCACCACCACCACUGCUGCAACAACCAGUGCUGGCGCUUCCACCACCACCACCAACAACUCCUCAACACCUGCUGCUUAUACUACAGCCACCACCACUUCUGGCACCACCACCACCACCAGCAGCCCCCCACCACCAGGUGCCCCCUCCUCCCCUCCCUCCUCAGAGAAGGCCGCCUUGCAGGAGCAGGGCCAGGCGGCAGAGGCGGCCGUGUGUGGGCUGCGGUGCCAGGGGUCCCCGGCCACGGUGGCGGCUUGCAUCCAGGUGGCCCAGCGAGUGUCGGCCUUCCACCGGGCAUGUGGUGGCUGUGUGGAUGCCCUACCGCCCCAGAGUCGCUUCCACCUACGGGAGCUGCUUGGCCGCCUGGAGCUGCAGGCCCGCCAGCUGCGCAGCGCCGGCGGCCGGGCCGUGGAGCACAAUGACAAGCUGUUUCUGGAGGUGGAGGCGGGCCUCAGGGACAUUGGCGCCGCCCUGCAGCGCUAGCACGCCGGCCGCUGGAGGGGGCGGGGCGCUGGGUGUCCGCUGGUGCUCUGUUACUUAAGGGUGGGCAGGACCUGGACCGGCGGUGGAGGCGAUUCUCAAGUAAUUUUGUAUGACAUGGACGCAACUCUUGCAUUUAGGUGUUGAGGUGCCUCCCUGGGCAGGCACACCUCGGCCCACGUUGGUGUACAUUUUUAAUUAAUUUUUUGCGUUCUACAAGUUUAACUACAUAUUUUGAUUGCUCACGAGGACUUAGGAACCCAUCUUUUGCCUCUUCCAGGAAGGUGUUUUGUACAUUGACCAGCGCGCAUGAGUGUGUGUGUGUGCGUCCACUCGCGCCGUGGAUCCUGUGUAUACAUGUACUAAUGACAGUUGCGUGGUGUAAUCCCGCUGAACGGGCUCACUGCGAGGGACGGGACGUGCAUUUUGUAAACAGCUUGGAGCUCCGUGGCGUGGCAGCUUUUUCUUGCAUGUGAAGGGUAGACUAACCACCUCUUGGGAGUGUGGGCCGGGUGGAGAGUAGCUAUAGGGGGCAUGCGCCUGGAGGGACAGCAAGCAAGAAGAAUGGCAGCCAGCAAGCGCCUGAGUCAUGUGGAUCAUCCCAUCCAUAGCUUGCCGGACGGUGAAGCGCGCUGCUGUUUUGAUAUGAAUACUAGUCUUGUGAUGUAUUGCUGCUGUGAGGGUGGUGGCUCUGGGGGCAGCACUGGUGUCAAAAUUUUUUUCCUUUUUUUUACAAGGUGCUUACUUCCUGGGUUGGGUUGGUGCAGGGGGGCGGUGCAGGGCGGCGUUGUGUCUUGCAGGGCAGUCUUCUUAGGGUCCAUUCUAGUUUUAUAAAUCUUGGCAGACUUUCUCCCCUUCGUCACGGCAGCGUUGAUGGGCCCUGGGCAGUUGAACAAGUACUCGUGAAAUAGGCUGCUGGAAUAUACAGAAGGGAUUAUGGUUCAUUCAGGAGAUUAUCAGUCAGCAUCAGUUAGGGUUCUGUGAGUGUAGUGGCAGCUGGUGGAGCAGAUCUGUGCAGUGUGUGGUCAGUGUGUGAAUUGUUCUGUUGGUUGCGAAUGCUUUCUAAUGCUAAUUUUUGAGAGGACUUGCCAAGUAGUGUUAGCUGGUGAAAAGACAUUUGCAGUGGAAACAGUGUGUGUGUGUGUGUGUGUGUGUGUGUGUGUGUGUGUGUGUGUGUGUGUGUGUGUGUGUGUGUGUGUGUUUAGUUUGAAGGCCUUCACUUUGGAAUCCCUCGCCGGUGUGACCUUUCCGGCUGCUCAUUCACUCAUUAUUCUUUUCCCUUUCACACUCACCCACACAGCGACCUUUGCUCAUUUCACUCACCCUCAUUCAUGUCUGCUCAUGGGGUAUUGGAAACAUUGUGGAUGUAAUUUAUGAGUUAAUGUUUUCAGUGAGUAGCGUCAUCCGCCGGGUGCGUGCGUGCGUGUACGUGUGUCUGUGUACAGAAUAGUGUGUGUGUGUCGUCCCGGGCCUCCCUUCUUCCUGUUCCUGAUGAGGUGUUGACAAUUUUUUGUAUUUGUCCCGCUGAAAAGUAUCUCAAUGUGCGUCCAAAGUUGACACGACUGCCACGUACUUACUGCGUUGGCGGCACGGCCACACCACGCUGGCGACAGACACAGCCAGACGCUUGUGUGACCUGUGAUACUCUUGUUUUCCCUGAGGUUUCCAUGAAUAGCUUGGGUCAGCAUCACAAGAGUGGUGUCUGGACUCUCCCUCACUGCUGGCCUCCCCAGAGAAGUGUUCCAUUGUCCCCGCCUCACCCCUGGAGCAGAGGAGCCUCCAACCACUUGUUUGAAGUCAUGCCUUGAUUUUCCAAGGUGCAGCUGUCUUGUCUGUUGGCGAGGGCCGCUCCUCUCACACGGGGUGCUGUGGCAGAGCCUGGCAGGCCUUGUCAUUGCUGGAGAUUAUAACUUGAAUGUUUUUAUCUAUUUAAAUGAGUUCACUCAAGGAUCACAUUGAUGACAUGGCAUUUUUAAUGAAGGAACGAGUCUUUCCACUGAAGAUAAUUAACAAUACUGACAUGUUCCUCUUGUCAGUGAGUGACUACAGCUUUCCAUAUUGGAAAGUGAGGCAUAUGUAAAGGAGAGUCCACUAAUAAGAGUCCUCCAGAUGGCGCAACAACUUUAGGCCGGAAAAUGUUAGUGGCCAUGAACAUUACUUUGUAUUUGAGGAGAUGUGACUCCAAAUGCUUGAGUGCGUAUGUGUUCCUAUAAGUACUACUAAUGUUCUGUGAGGUGUUGUCGUCAUCUUCCACGCUGGCGAGGGCGUGUUUCACACACGGCCACAACCAACAACAACAGUUUUUAUAACCUGUAAGUUUUGCACAUUGGUCUCUAGGCUUCAUUAUAUUUUCAGUAACCCUGACGUUGUCAAGUUCCUCUCAUGGUAAACAUGUAAGAUGUUUAAGGAUUUCUUGAACUAGUUGUGUGCACACAAACCUCUCUAGAGCGCCUCUGGGGCUGGUGGGCAGAACAAAGGGAGAACAGUGGCAGGUGUUCAUCCAGACCUAACUUUUUUGUACAUGUCGGUUUUUAAUGGAUCACUGUGUAGGAGGGUUGUACAUAGAUUUUAUUUGUAAUUUGUAAAGUUUUUUAUCAAUACUCCUAAACAUAGUCCUGUAUAUAAUCACCUUUAUUUAUUUUUUAAUCAAAUAUGGUGAACUUUUUAUUCAAGUAAUUAUUAUUUUGAUUGCAGCUUAGAUCACUAGCCAUUCCGAUGACUAAAUUGUGUAGGAUUUACUUACCUGGCUUGUCCGGGAGCCUGGUGUCCCUGUACUCCAGGCCGGGAGGGAUGAUAGGGAGGGAUGUGUCGGGAGGCUUUUCCAGCGUUUUGCUACGACAGACAACAUCACUUUUGUACCAUACGUACCACCACCGCUCCUACGGCUCUUCAGUGAUGAUCUAGUGAGGUACUUUGUAAAGGACUUUUGUUCUCAUCCCGUAGUCAAAUAUAUAUAUGAAUAUAUUAUAUAUACACCUUUGUGUAGAGUAUAUGUUGCUGGGAUAUCAUCUUGUACAUAGCCAGGCAUGUGGUCAAGGGUCCAUUGAGCUAAGAGAAGAAGAUCAGGCUGAGACAAAACAUUGCCAAAACAAGAUUCGUGUAACCUGUUAUUGUCUGUCUGUGCUUGAGGGGGCAGUAACUACUGUUUUGAUAACUUAUUAUUUGCCAUUAUUCUGUGAUUUAUUUUCAUCAUGCUUUCCUCCAGUCUUUGGUACCAACAAUGGUAUACUCACAUUUUUAUGAAAUAUUUAAUUAUAAUCAAAUAAAUGAAACUAGAAAAUGUACAGCUUUGAUAAAAAGUUCCUGCAUCUGAUGGGGAACAAAACAAUCAUGAA